GGCAACGCUAGAACCGAUCGCUUUACAACACCAUCUUCCAAAAGAGAAGAGGAAGAGAACCACGCAGAGAUAAACUGCAAUAUUCUAAUUUCCUUGGAGUUCCAGCUCCGCUGGGCUAUGUGGCCGUCAUUCGCGAAAAGCAUAAGUCUGAUAGAUCAAGAGUUUGUCCAUAAUGUCGGUUGUGAUAUCGAGCUGUUUGUAAAGAAGCGCCUGAGUUCUGGUGUUCUUCUCUUUCCACCUGUGGGCAAUUACCGCCGUUAUCUCAUCCAUCAAACAUGUGAGAGCUACCGCCAGCAGUACGAUCUGUUCACGUUCUCAGUGGGGCAAGGGCCGCACCGACGCACGGUUUUGUGCUUUCGCAAUCAGCUCCUCGAUCCGCACGGCUUUGAAGCCCGCAAGCAACAACAGUUAAAGGAAAAGGAAAGAGACAAGCAGCCGAGGGACAGGGAGUCAGUGAAGAGCUGGCGGAGCAGUCAUCCCCCCACUAACGGUAGCAGCAGCAACAACAACAACAAUAACAACCACAGGAGAAGCAGCAGCGCCAGCAGAAGAAAAAUAACGGCAACGGAGCUCUGUAAGAUGGGCGUCAAGAAGCAUAUCAACGAAGCACCAUUAAGCAAAUCGAACUCGGUGGAUCUAUACCGACCGCCAGCAUUGAGGAACAACAGCAGCAGCGAGGAGGCUGCACCACUCGAUCCGUCAUCCACUACUGCAACGAGAACAGACACAACAACAACAACAGCCACCGCUGCAGGAACAGCAACCAUUACUGCAUCUUCCGGUCCUACCUCUACAGAUAGCAGAGAGCAACAAGUGGACGAGUCGACCGUCUCCGUCUCCGCCGAAGCAGAAGCAGCAGCAGCAGCAGCGACCCGUCGCAAACGCCGUCCCGAUCGCGCCGUUUAUGUGCCAAGGGCACGACGAAGUCAAACCACACCACCGACCAGUACCAGCACCAGCACCAGCACAACAACAAUAACGAUAGCAACAGGUAGUACGCCACCACCACCAGCAUCGGACAUCGUCGCUGUCGCUCCGACGCCGGCAGUUGAAAACGCAACAACGCCAGUUGCAGAUACACACUCGCCCAAAGCGGACGAUACCAACGGCCAGCAGCCCAAUCCCAAGAAGUCCAGGUCGCAUCGUGAGCGCAGGGAACGCGGCAGAAAAGCAGCAUCAGAAGCUGCGGAAAAACACCCGGAAGCGGCAUCCACUGUACUGGUGAUAGCAGGAACUGAAAACGAAGCGCCGAACCAACAGCCGGCCAACUGUGAUAGCGAGACCAUGAGCGGCGCCCAGCGAACCAAAUCCGGCAAAUCAGCCAGGAAUGGCAAACAGCAGCCUGUGCCGCCGUUGCGCAUCGAGGAUGUGGCCUCAGCUAGGACCAAUUCCAAUGGCGAGGAGGCGGCCAAAUGUGAUAACGAUGUGCGCGAGCUGCAAAGGGCCUCAAAGGAAAUCAAUCGCAGUAAUCGUCGCAUUAUGAAACAAACCUUCGUCUCAGAUAUAUUGGAGAUUCCUGAAAAAAUAGAAACGGCGCAACCCAAGCCACAAAACUCAGUGAAACCACCACCGCCUGCAGACAGCACCACCGAGGAUGAUGAAGAGGAGGAGGAGGACGAGGACGACUGGGAGACGAAGUUCGACGAGAGCGGCGACUGCUUGGAUCCCAAGAUUCUCCAGGAACUGAGUGAAUCGGUGGGCAAGUGUAAAAUAGAAUUGCCCAAAAUGGACUACACCGUUUUCCACAUCAAGCAAUCCCUGCUGAAUGAGGAGGAGUUCCCCCACGUCCUAGAAGUGUCCAAUUUUCCCGUGGAGUUCAAAACGCCCGACCUACUCAUGCUAUUUUCGCAGUACAAGGGCAGCGGCUUUGAGAUUAAGUGGGUGGACGACACCCAUGCCCUGGCUGUGUUUAGCAGUUCACGUAUUGCUGCCGAAGUUCUGACGAUGGGCCAUCCGUUUGUGAAGCUAAAGCCACUGGCCGAGGCCACCCUGGAGUCGCGACUGAAGGCAAAGAAGGCCGGUGCCACCUCACUGCAGCCGUAUCGCCAGCGACCGGAAACGUGCACGGCCUUGGCCCGUCGCCUGGUGUCCGGUGCCUUGGGGGUCAAACUGCCCACAGCGCCGCAGGAGCGGGAAAAGGAGAGGAGAGUGCUACGCGAAGCCAAAGAACGCAAACUGUUAGCUGCCAAACAGCGGGACGAGGCCUGGGAAAGCUAGGUCGCGGCCCCUGCAGGCAAAAUGCAUUUUUCUCGCAUGCGCAACGCAUGCCACCAACGACCCUCAACAAAAACGAUAGUAGCUACAAACCCCAAAACCACAACAAAAAGAAAACGAUACAGAAACAGAAAUGGAAAUGUAAACGGAAACGGAACAACAACCGGGCAUAACACCCACAAAAACUCUCAAUCAAAGCUAUCAAAAUAAGCGUAAUUUGCAUGCUGCCAUGCAAUCUACUUUUAAAUGUUCGCUUUUUGUGCAAUUAACACAGAUUUUUGCUCAAUUUGUUGUAGUUUUAGAUGAUGGAUUAAUGCAUUAUUUAUCGCCUAGGCCGUAAGAGAGAUAUAUCUAUAUAUAUUUAUUGGUCGUCGUAGAAGGUAAAAUUGCAUAUAUACGAUAUGUACGUGUUGUUUUAACUCCAGGCGUAAAUCUUAAUUUUUAAGCGCAAGCAAUUUAUACAUACAUAUAUAUAUUUUAAUAAAGUUUAUAGCUUUUAAGUACGAAAGUAA